CGUUCCGCCGCGAACGUUUCAGACGGUACGCUUUAGUGAAGGGACGGUGUGCUCCCCAGCUGAUCCAUCCCGACAAAAGAUCAUGAGCAAAGACUCCCAGAUGAGGGCUGCAAUAAACCAGAAGCUGAUAGAAAUGGGGGAGCGGGAGAGGUUGAAAGAGUUGCUCAGGGCGAAGCUGGUGGAGUGUGGCUGGAAGGAUCAGCUUAAAGCACACUGCAAAGAUGUGAUCAGAGAAAAGGGCCUGGAGCACGUCACAGUGGAGGACCUCGUCACAGAAGUCACACCUAAAGGCAGAGCGCUCGUCCCAGACAGUGUGAAGAAAGAGCUGCUGCAGAGAAUCAGAGCGUUUCUAGCUCAACACGCCACCUUGUGAACCAGAGGAGUCACGUCUUAGGCAUUUUUUUAACUCACUGUAAAUCCACAACUCAAACCAUCAGACUGAUGUUUGUUCUCAUUGUUCUCAUUGCUGAAGUGUUAUUUUUAUUUUGUAUUGUGUGUUUUUCAUAUUGAUUUUAGUUUGUUAUGCAGCAGUUUUGGAAGAAAAAAAAUAAAGUCAUGCCUAUUUUGGUCACUGGGGGGCGCUGCUGCCUUUUGUCUCUUAAUUGUUGCUGAAAACCUGUUUGACCUGUUUGAUUGAUUUCUGUGUUCCAAGCAGAAAAAUGCAGCUGGAUCUGCGUUUCUGCUUUUUUCUCACGAAUGAGUGCGAUGAUGAUUUGUGCUAAAAAUAAUCUGUGGCUGGAAUGACAGAAAUGUCUUUGUCUCCUCGUGUUUGAGGCUGUUUCGUUGUUCAGGAUGUUGCAUAAGAAGACAAAGACAUUUUUUGAGUCGUAGUUUUUUGUUCAUCUCACAUAAUACAGUAAAUAUAAACAGUAUAGACAG